AUGCCUCUAGAGACAUUGCCCCCCUUCCGGUAUUGCCAGCCGCGAAUGCCAUACGUCGAGGAUGUCGAGAAGUACGCACCUGGCGGCUACCAUCCGGUCGACAUUGGCGACACGAUCUGCAAUGGCGAGCGGGCGUACGAAGUUAUCCACAAGCUCGGCCACGGGGGCUUCUCGACAGUCUGGUUAGUUCGCUCAUGUGCGCCCUCACCAUCCUACUUUGCGUUGAAAAUUCUUUGUGCCGAGGCUGUGGACAUCACUUAUGGUGAGCUGAACGUCCUCCAGCACCUCAGAACGGUCGCCGGCCCUGGGCAUCCGAACGUGGUGGUUUUGUAUGACUCGUUUAAAAUCUCUGGCCCUAACGGCAAGCAUUGCUGUCUCACUUUCCCUGUUAUCGGCCCAAGCCUACAGAAGAUCAAUGUUUCCGCGGCGUUAUCCAAUAAUAUGCGACACCAGGUGUGCCAACAAGUUGCCAGCGCUAUGGCAUUCCUCCAUCAUCACGGAGUCUGUCACGGCGUAUUCGAGCUUCCAGAUAUUCGGUCUAUGUCUCCAGCUCGUGUAUCUCAACUUCUAGGCCCUGUCAAGACCGAGAACCUUAGGUUAACUAAUGGCCGAUGCUCACCGCAUGCUCCAAAGCAGGUCAUUCAGACUCCCGACCUCUCAGGUCUAGACUACUCUUUGCUCACUCAGAUUCGAAUUAUCGACUUCGGACAAGCCUUCUUCACAGAUCGCCCGCCACCAUCCCUAGGAGUUCCUAUCGAUUUUCCCCCCCCAGAACUCUGCUUUGGCUAUUUACCCUCAACUAAAAGUGAUAUUUGGCAGCUCGCAUGCAUUUUCUACCAGAUUCGCACAAAGGCGGUCUUAUUUCCCACAGUUUUUCAGAUAUUUGAGAUCCUAAUCGGUACGAUUGUGAGCUAUCUCGGUCCGAUACCCCAACACUGGAAGGGGAAGUUCAACUUCGAUAAAUACGGCUACUGCGAGCCGGGACAAGUACAGGACACAACAGAACCAGAGUGGUGGUUUGAAGAUAAAUGCAGCGAAAAGACAAUUGAUAGCCGGAUUACCCAGGAGGCAGUGCAUCUCUCUACCUAUCAACGGGAGGAGUAUGUCCGCUUGCUCCACGAUAUGGUUGUAUACGAACCCGAGAAGCGCCUUUCGGCGGUGGAGGUGAUACAGCGUCUGAGGUCAGCCUCAUUCUUGGAUGAAGACUCGAGCGAAUUAGUGAAUAGGAGAUGA